AUGAAUCAUCGGUCUUAUGCGGAUUUUCUCGCCGGUUCUUUUCCAUCUUCCUCGUCUGCUGGUCUGGGUUCCCCGGCUACACAAGGAACAAGUGUCCCUCAGCCACAGCCAGCAUCAAUCAUCGAGGAUAGGUUACUGAACGAGUUGUUGGUGGCACCAGGACGAGAGUUGCUUCCUAAGCUGAGCCCAAAUGGAGAACCAAAUACUAGCUGGCGCAAUCGCAAUGCAAUUUGCAAGUCGAUUUUGAAGUGCUUUCACAGUCUCCUUGAGUUGCCUUAUCCGACGUAUGCACAUGUUCCAUUAGAAAUUCAGAAGAUGUGGCUCCGUUCAUUUGCGCAAGAUUGGAACUGGGACCCUCCUUUCACCAAUGAUGUGCGGACAACCUUUAAUUUGCAGGCUAGAAAGCAGUACACGAGCAACGUGACUGAGUGGAAGAAAAAGUGGAGGCUGAAGAAGGAUAAACCCAUAUGUCUGAAUCAAGAUGUGUGGGACGGGUUUAAAGCCUAUUGGCAGCUCGAUGCUACUGCACAUAUUGCAGCUACCAAUUCUGGUAAUAGAAGAAGCAAGCGUGGUGGAAAAGGUGAAGCAGUACACAAUGGUGGUGCUAAGACACGAGAGGAACGAUUCGUUCUCAAGCUUAAUGUUCCUAUUAAGAAGGGUCGUCGGUAUGGUAUCGGUCGUACCUCCGAAGCUAUCUCAACCUCAUCAUCUCAGCACUCUGUUUCUUCCUCGAGUAUUCUUCAGUACAUGGAUCGGAUGAAGACGGAGCUUGAUGAAGAGCGGACAAAACGUCGAGCUAUUGAGGAAGAGCUUCGUCGCGUGACCGUUUUCAUUUCCAACCUUUGCCCCGAGCAGUUCUCUGCAACUCAAACCCAGCCGGACUCUGCAACCCAAAGCCCCGACGAUCGAUGUUUCUAG